AUGAGCCAGACCCAACAACCAUCGGACCCGACCUUCCGGGCGUAUAGCGCCCAGCAAGGCGCAACUUACGCUGAACAUCGUCGGAACUACAACCCAAAGCUAUACGAUGCAAUCCUAAACUUCCACAAAGAAGGGUCUGGCUCGUUUGAUAUCCUAGUCGAUGUUGGCUGCGGACCAGGAACAGCAACACGAAGCCUCGCUCCUCACUUCAAGACUGCCUAUGGACUUGAUCCCUCAGAGGGAAUGAUUAGCACUGCGCGAUCUAUCACCACCGUUGACAAUGUCAAGUUUGAGGUUUCUUCAGCUGAAUCUCUGGGAUCUGAACUUGCCAACCCCAUUCCUGAUGGCAGCGUCGACGUGAUCACUGGAGCAACCUGUGCCCAUUGGUUUGACAUGCCGCGAUUUUGGGAGCAAGCUGCCAAGACUCUCAAACCUGGAGGUACGGUGGCUUUGUGGACGGCUGCGGGUGUUCGUGUCGAUCCGUCGAUGCCCGCUCAUGAAGCUGUUCAGGAAGUUAUCGAUGAUCUUGAUAACUUGGUUCAAGACUAUAUGCUGCCCGGCAAUCUGAUGGUUCGUGAUCUAUACCGCGGCCUCCCCCUGCCUUGGACUCUUGACCCUCCCUUGUCUGCGUUUGAUCGCCACUCAUUCGUGCGCAAAGAAUGGUGUACAGGUCCGGAAGCUGAAACAACCUUCUUUGAGCAUUCGCCGCCAGUCAAUUUGGAUAUGGUGGAGAUGGUUCUUGGAACCGCUAGCCCGGUGACCAGAUGGAGGGAGGCCCACCCUGAGGCAGUCGGAACGGAGGACGAUGUUGUUCGCCAGAUCAGAAGAAGGAUUGAGAAGAUCCUCACUGACGCGGGCGUGGAGAAAGGCAAAGAAAUGCUUACAGGCGACAUGACUGGAGUCUUGUUGCUUGUCAGAAAGAAGAGUGACUAG